AUCAUGUCUCGCAACACUCAACUUCCUAGCAGCAAGGAGCACGAGCUCCAAACGGCCAGGGACGAUCAGCCCGUGAUCGAGUUCAAGAUUCUCGAAGGGGAAGGAGCGAAACUUUUCUCUCAACACGACGAUGGGCUGUUUCGAAAUUAGCGGCAUUCCGCCCUGCCGCCGUGGCACUCCCGUCACGGUCGAGGUGUCCAUUCUGGACCCGGGCGUCGUUGAAGUGAAGGCCACGGUUGGAGAUGGGACCUCAGGCAGGUCCAAAUCCCUUAACGUCAAUCAAAACCGACGCCUGGGAGACGCAGAGAUCAAGCGUCUGCGGAUGCUGACUAAGGAUCGUCUAAACGGAAAGCGGGACGGCGGAAGCAAUUCUUGGGAGGCGUUGUCCAGAAGCAAUUCUUGGGAGGCGUUGUCCAGAAGGGGACGAUUCCAAACGGCGGCCCCCAAAAAGGGAGGCGUGGGGGCGAGUCCCGCGAUCUCGCCGAAAACUCGGACUUGGCCCACGCCACGGUUCUGACUGCGUGGUUUUGCUCCAUGAACCCGUCGAUAUAAAGAAGCAGAUUUACAGGCCGGGAUAUCCCAAGCACGUUGUGCGGCUUUGACCGACUGGAACUUGCCCUCGCGAUACUCUGUAGCCGCGCGUGAGAUUCGACUCUCCAAUGGAAUGUCACGGGUCGAAGGGCCGCUGGCGGACAGGCCGCUGAGAUUAGU